GGAGCCGCAGUGCCGACGGGAGUCCCCGGGGAGGAGCCGCCCGGAGCCGGUACCCGCCGGAGGGGCGGUGGCUGGAGCAGCCCGGAGAGGCGAGCGGAGCCGCCAUGGCCGAGUUCCCGUCCAAAGUGAGCACGCGGACGAGCAGCCCCGCGCAGGGCGCCGGCGUCUCGGGCUCGGCGCUGCGCCCGGACCUGGGCUUCGUGCGCUCCAGCCUCGGUGCGCUCAUGCUGCUGCAGCUGGUGGUGGGGCUGCUGGUGUGGGCCCUGAUUGCUGACACCCCAUACCACCUGUAUCCCGCCUACGGCUGGGUGAUGUUCGUCGCUGUCUUCCUCUGGCUGGGGACAAUCGUCAUCUUCGUCUUCUACCUGUUUCAGCUGCACUUGAAGUUUUACAUGGUACCCUGGCCACUGGUGUUAAUGAUCUUCAAUGUUGGUGCCACGGUGCUGUACAUCACCGCCUUUAUCACUUGCUCGGCUGCCGUGGAGCUGACAUCGCUGAAGGGCACUAGGCCGUAUAACCAGCGCGCUGCGGCCUCUUUCUUUGCGUGUUUAGUGAUGAUUGCCUAUGGAGUGAGCGCCUUCUUCAGCUUCCAGGCCUGGCGAGGAGUGGGCAGCAACGCAGCCACCAGUCAGAUGACAAGCGGCUAUGCCUAA